AGACGGGGAUUCUUACUACGACGAUGUCACAUCCCUCGUGAGCCCUACAGUCACCCACGCAUCAUCAUCCGCCGCCGUCAACGAUCUCGAUCUCCGGCGUCUCUUGAGUAUGUAAUUAACUAUCUAACCUGCUUUUUUUAUUCCUAUACAUAUAUUUCGUUGAUCAAUUUAUCAAUAUUCAUUUUCUCUGUAGGACUUUUUCUCUUGUAUUCAAUGGUUUAUUUCGUCCUUUUCAUUGGAUUUCCUAAUUGAUUUGAUGUUUUUUACGUGGCUGAUGAUUGUCGAUCUUUGGCGUACUGUAUGUGCAGCGCUAGGGACCUGUGAGUCCGAUGGAUUGAUUUAAUUAAAACCCUAUGGAACUUGUGUGAGGGUUUUAUAUAUACUGGCCAAACGCGUUAAACCCCAAGUAGAACAACUUAAAAAUAUCUCGGAUAUUUACACUCCACUUGACCAUACUAAAUGUGAGGUGAAUAUAUAUGACUGGUCUGGUGAGAUAUAUAGUUACCUUGUGAAUGGUAUUCUUUGACAAGUAGUAUGUGUGAAGUUGGUGGUGGGCAGGUAAAAUAGUAAUUAAUUUAGGGAUGAUGUUUGCUUCUCUUGUUUCUGUUUGUUUUAUAUAUAUGGUGUGGUGUGCAUGCAGAUGCAGGUGCAGGGCCAGCCAAGUGACAUGGAAAGAAGAGAAGGGAGUUGCUAGCUGUACCCUACUAACAUAUGCAAAACUGCGGUGGUGGUGGACUGGUGGUGGUUGCUUAAUUUGGUAGCCAGCUAAUAAAUCCAUCAUCUCUUUCUCUUUCUCUUCGCUUCAAUAUAUAUACUAGUACUAGCCAAGAAGAAAAAAGGACAAGAAAGGAUGAAAGCUCCUUCAGCGGCUUCUGGGUUCCUGGAGGAAUGCAUUGGGUGCGAGAGCUGUCUGGAUCUCAACACUCAUACCCAAGACCAUCUGCUUCAUCUCUUCCCCGCACCAACAGCUCCUCCGAAUUGUGAUAUGGAUAAUCAUUCUGCGGAUAAGGAAGAGGAGAGAGCACAUGAUCAUAGUAGCGAUGACGUCAUUGACAGCCGCUGGAGUGCGAUGAAGGAGUAUCCGCCGCCAAUACCCUUGCUGGCAAGGAGGGGCAAGUUGGCGUCAUGGGUGCUAAGGAGGCACUACACAAGCGACGGGAGGCUGGUUCUGACCGAGGACAAAGCGUGUACGUGCGGGGAUCACCGCUACUUUAGGGCACACAGAAGCAAGGGUCGCCUCACUCUCCACCUUCAACUCCAUAACCAUGAUGAUGAUGAUGAUGAUGAUAGUAGUGACGAGUUGGAGCCUUUGGGUUUGGGAUGUGAUGAUUGCGAGGGUGCAGGAGGGUUUCACAGGGGGACUGGGAUUGACGCAGCAGUCAAGUGUUUGAACAACAACAACAACAACAACAGCAGUCAAAUGAGGGCCAAGAGCAUAUUGUGUGUCCCUCUUGUGCCCACAUUGAGGCCCCUUCUGAGUUAGUCCUCCAAAUUGUCCAAGUAAUUAUUUGCAUGUUUGAAUUUUGAAAAAAAUAGACAUUUCUUCG